GGGGGGGUAACCCCCCUCCAAAAAAAACCCACUCUUUUUUUAUUAUAAUAAACUAUUCUUUUUUAAAAAAAUCUAAAUAUCAUCAUGUCUUUCCUUGAUCCUACCCAAGCUAUUGCUACUCUUAAAGAAUAUGAACACCGUGAUGGUUUGUCCAUUGAAAAUUUAUUGGAUGAACAAACUAGUGGUGGUUUGACUUACAAUGAUUUCUUGAUUCUUCCUGGUUAUAUUGACUUUGCUGCCAACACUACUAGUCUUGAAUCAAAGAUCACAAAGAAUAUUUCUUUACGUACUCCUUUCAUGUCUUCUCCUAUGGAUACUGUUACUGAAGCUGAUAUGGCUAUUUCUAUGGCUCUUCUUGGUGGUAUUGGUAUCAUUCAUCAUAACUGUACUGCCGAAGAACAAGCUGAUAUGGUCCGAAAAGUUAAGAAAUUUGAAAAUGGUUUUAUUAUGGAUCCUAUUGUCUUGUCUCCUUCUCAUACUGUGGCUGAUGUCAAGCAAAUCAAAGAAACUCAUGGUUUCUGUGGUAUCCCUAUCACUGAUACUGGCAAGAUGAAUGGUAAACUCGUUGGUAUGGUGACUGCUCGUGAUAUUCAAUUCCAUAAGGAUGACUCUUCUCUUUUGGAAACCAUUAUGACCAAGGAUCUUGUUGUAGCUAAGAAAGGUAUUACACUUCCUGAUGCCAAUGUCAUUCUUUUCACUUCCAAGAAGGGUAAACUUCCUAUUGUUGAUGAAAAUGGUUGUCUGGUAUCCUUGUUGGCUCGCUCUGAUUUGUUGAAGAAUCAAAACUAUCCCUGGGCUUCCAAGUCUCCUUCUUCUAAGCAAUUGUUGGCUGGUGCUGCUAUUGGUACUCGUCCUGAUGAUAAGGAACGUAUGGCUCUUUUGGCUGAAGCUGGUCUUGAUGUUGUCAUUUUGGAUUCUUCUCAAGGUAACUCUAUCUAUCAAAUUGAAAUGAUCAAGUGGAUCAAACAAAACUUCCCCAAGGUCGACGUGAUUGCUGGUAAUGUAGUCACCCGUGAACAAGCUGCCAACUUGAUUGCUGCUGGUGCUGAUGGUCUCCGUAUUGGUAUGGGUUCUGGUUCUAUUUGUAUCACUCAAGAAGUCAUGGCUUGUGGUCGUCCUCAAGCUACCGCCGUUUAUCGUGUAUCUGAAUUCGCCGCUCGCUUUGGUGUCCCUACUGUAGCUGAUGGUGGUAUUGGUAAUAUUGGUCACAUCGUUAAGGCUCUUGCUCUCGGUGCUUCUGCUGUCAUGAUGGGUGGUCUUUUGGCUGGUUGUGAAGAAGCUCCUGGUACUUACUUCUUCCGUGAUGGUGUUCGUCUCAAGCGUUAUCGUGGUAUGGGUUCCAUUGAUGCUAUGACAAAGGUUGACAAUAAAGAAGGUAAUGCUGCUACUAAGCGUUACUUCUCUGAAGGUGAUACCGUGAAGGUCGCUCAAGGUGUGGUUGGUAAUGUUGUUGACAAGGGCAGUGUUCGCAGCUAUUUGAACUACUUGAUUACUGGUGUCCAACAUUCUCUUCAAGAUAUUGGUGUUCUCUCUGUUGAUCAAUUCCACAAGGAUGUCGCCUCUGGCAAGGUUCGAUUCGAAAAGAGAUCUUCUGCUGCUAUCCAUGAAGGUGGUGUGCAUUCACUCCAUAGUUUUGAAAAGAAGUUAUUUGCUUAAUUGGUUUUAGUUUUUUUAAGUUUGUUAGUUAGAUAUCAAUUGUCUUUUUUUUUUUUUUAUCAUCUUUUUU